AUGGCUUCAGAAGCGGCAUCAGCACCGGAUACCAAAGACAGUAGUACACGGAGAAGACCAUCAACAAGAACGCCUUCUCGAUCGGUUUCAGCUGGAGCAGCUGGAGCACGACGUCUGCACAUCUGUCCCUCCCCAACAGCCCUUGAGAAUCUUGGAUUCCAGCGUCCUCUCCAUGCCCCAUUCCAUGAGGUAGCCGAGGAGUUCUUGCUUCUGUUGAGAUACGCCGUACCCAUCAUCGUUUCGGUAGGCCAUCUGGGGACGAACGAGCUAGCGGCGGCAAGCCUGGCCAACAUCACUCUGAACUGCUCGAGUCUGAGUGUGAUAGUGGGUUUUGCCUCGGCGCUGGACGGCAUAUGUUCGCAGGCGUACACUUCCGGGGGUCUCGAGGCGAGCACACUAGCGGCGCUCCGGACGGCGGUCGUUUUGAGCGGACUGAUGGUCCCACAGGGCCUGAUACUCUGGAACAUCCGCCCGGCCUUGAUCAGCGUCCUCAGAGUGGACCCGGCGCUCGCGCUCAUGGCUGCCCGAUCCCUUCGCGUGCUCGUCUUCGCCCUGCCCGGCUAUGCUGCCUUCGAGAUCUCCAGACGCUGGCUGCAAGCCCAAGGUAUCAUCUACCCCCCCACCUGCAUCUUGCUCCUCGUCUCCCCUCUCAACGCCCUCCUCAGUUACCUCUUCGUUUGGGGCCCUGAGCCCUUCCAACUUGGGUUUAUCGGCGCACCUGUUGCCACAGUCAUUUCCUUCAGCUUGAUGGGGUUUUCCUGGUAA